CAGGUAUUACUCUGAUUACUGAUUAGUGUGCGUUGAGGAUUGGCGUCCCAGAAACAUUUUGAGUCAGCAAUUAAUGUAACACACAUCAAAAGGGAAUGGUAUUGGCAUAUCGGAUGAGUUAUUGAGCUGAGGUUGGAACAGAACGGUUAUAUUAUAAGACCAUAGCCCAUAGGGAGUGCUGACGGUGCUUCAUGGCCCAAAUCAAAGUGGGAAGCGGCCUUCACCGUCGCAAGCCAAUGAAAAGUUAGUGGUAAGCUCAAACAAGGGACAAACCUAAUAUUAAUUAGUCCUGAAAGAAAGGAGGUCAUAUCAUCAUUGGUUUAAGUUUUGCAACUCCGCGCUCAACAACCUCAGAUUCAGACAGACUGCGCGACAUCAAAUUUUGAGUUCCAUCGCACCGAAACCCAGAAAAUCUCCCUCCUCUCUGGGUAGAGGAAUCUAAAUCAUGUUGUUCUUUUCGUAUUUCAAGGACUUGGUGGGAAGGGAGGUGACGGUGGAGCUGAAGAAUGACUUGGCAAUCAGAGGAACCCUUCACUCCGUUGAUCAAUACCUCAAUAUCAAGCUCGAGAAUACUAGGGUUGUCGAUCAAGACAAGUAUCCUCACAUGCUUUCAGUGAGGAACUGUUUUAUUAGAGGCUCGGUUGUGAGAUACGUCCAGCUACCUCCUGAUGGAGUUGACAUUGAACUGCUUCAUGAUGCCACAAGAAGAGAAGCUCGGGGAGGCUGAAAAGCAUUUAUUGACAAAUUCAAUGUACUUUUAUGAACAUCUGAUUUAGAUACUUUUGCUUCAAAUAGUUUCUGAAUUCAGUAAAGAUAGUGACAAGUUAAUGAAGACCGACCCCUCUUUGCAUUAAUGUAAGACAAAUUGAUGUUGGUUUGUGUAUCAACAAAUUUUAUUUUCUAAAGGCAAAUUUCCUUGUCAAAUACUUGUGUAUAAUUCUGGUAGCCAGUUAUGAUGCUGUGAAAUGUGGAUUGUUGAGUACGAAUCCUGAGGAUGAAAUAUGAAAUAUAGGCUGUGCAAUGUUUGUACAGCAAGGAUGUUGGUGACCUACAAUGAUAUGAAGUUCUUAAAAGUUAUUUUGUGCUGUUUUAACCAAAAAAUAAAUAAAUAAAGGUACAGCAAGUUUUAUGUGGAAUAUGUAAAUGUUGCAGAGUGAGAAAGGUCCUACAAU